AUGGGUACUCGUGGUAGGCCAUUUAUUGAUCUCAAUGAACCCCCUGCUGAAGAGGAGAAUGAGGAGGUGGUUUGUAUCCUACCUCAAAAGUUGCCUCCUGUUUCAAAUUCGGGUGCCUCCACCAAUCUAUUAAUUCAAUCAUCAAGCUCACCCUGGAUACCAAACAACCGUGCUUUUUCACACGCACCUUCGGGUUCUGGAUUUCAACCUUUCAUCAGGCUUAAAGAGCAAUCACAGAAGGAAUUUGCGGUGCAAAAACUAGAGGAAACAAAUUUUACUUGUGUAUCAUCUCCUUCUGCUGUAAAGCAUAGUGAAGAUGGUAGACCAUCAGAGUUGGUAUCUUCCAUCCCACCAAAGGGUGAGGUAGUUGAAAGGGAAGAAGGGGAAUGGUCUGAUGUGGAGGAUGGCGCUGACGCUGUGGGAAUCAGUGCUAACAAUGAGGAAGAGUCCAUUAACAGUGAAUCUCUGCAAAAGAAGGAAACAAUAGAAGGACAUGAACCCUUGGGGUUUGGUAGGCGUGUAGAAACUAACUUUCAUGGUUCUGAUCUUCAUGAUGACACGAAGGAUCUGUGGGGUGGUGCUACAAAAGACACCUGUAGCAAUGUUUCUUCUGGACCAGAGGGCUCGACAUCAGAUUGUAACUCUAAAGGGGAUGCACCCGCAGAUGGCUUGGAGGAGACUCCAUUGGCUGCGAAGCCAAAGGUUGUUAAAGGGAUUGAGGCAAAUCAUGCAUUGAGAAUUGUAAAUAACCUAGGUAAGCGACCUAAGCUCGAUGAGCACAAGGAGGCAAUGUUAGGAAAGAAAAGAAACAGGCAAACUGUUUUCCUCAACAUAGAUGAGGUUAAGCAAGCAGGUGCAAUAAAAUGUUCUACUCCGAAACGACCGCCAUCAUUUUCAUCUUCUAUGGCUACUCGCGCAGUGAAAGAUGCUUAUCGUUCUAAUCAAUCGCCUGUUGAGAGGAGUCAACCUUCUAACAAGGAAAAUAGACAAGCAGAUCUAUUAAAUGGCGAAGGAAGUGUACCGUCUAUUACGAAUGAUCACAAGGUAGAAUCUAAUGGUGACACAACUGCAGGGCCUCAAGUUCGGCCAAAGAAGCUAGCUAGCAGUGGUGAAAUUUCGCCAGAGCCACAUCCUCUACCUGUUCCUAGACAAGGCUUAUGGAAGCAACCUGUAGACUCUAGGCAAUUAAGAAGCUCAACGGUUGCAUUGACGAAGCCAACCAAUGUGGGUCAGAGCACUGGUGAUGCAAAGAUAAGUAACAAAAAAAAUCCUCCUUCAAAAAAGCAAUCCACAAAUACUUUGUCGUAUCAGGAUACAUCAGUAGAGCGUCUUUUACGGGAGGUUACCAAUGAUAAAUUCUGGCAUCAUCCAGGUAGAAAUUAUCUCAGUCGCUAUCAUUGUCUUAAAGUUUUUCUUUAAUUCUAGUUAAGGUUUCUUUUAAGGCUCACUGUUUUAUUCUCAUUUGCAUUGUAAAAUUCUUUGCAUGUCAAAAUCAAGUGUAAUUCGUUUGUUGGAGCACUACACCAUAAAAUUUUAGCCACUUAUACAUAAUUUUUUAUAGGAUGAACUACGAAUGCAUUUCAUGUAAUAUAAGGUUAUGAAUGCUGACUUUGUCUUAAGAAAAUAUGAGGAAGAUAUAUAGUCUAUUCUACACUUCUUACUUGGUGUAGCUUGCUACAUGGGUUGUGAGUGGGAACUUGGUUUCCGUCUGGCUAUGCAUCCUUGAUUAGUUAAUGUUUCAAAAUUUAAUGUAGGUUCAUUAGAGCCAUAUAAACCCAUUCUCAGAACCCCUAUUAAAAAAAAAAUAGAAUCCAUGGGUCGAGUAAUUCUACUACGAAUCUAGGAGGAAAAAUCCUCUUAUCUCACCUGGUUCUCAGGUAUCCAAUCAAUUAAUCCUCCAAAGUGUAAAGCACCGUAUCCAUAUAAGUACUUGCCACCUACGCUCCUCCAUCCAUUCCAAGUUUAGGGAUGCUCCAUUUUUACAAAGUAAUGUUUCUUUAUUCUAUUAGGUGCGUACCUCUUGAUUUACUCAUUGUUAUGAUGCUUCCAACGUACGUAAUUGUCCCCUCAUUGUUUGACAUUUGUUCUAUGCACGUGGUGAUUUCAGAGGAGACUGAGCUUCAGUGUGUUCCUGGCCGAUUUGAAUCUUUUGAAGAGUAUGUGAGGGUGUUUGAACCGUUGCUUUUUGAGGAGUGCCGUGCUCAACUAUAUAGUACUUGGGAAGAGUUAUCAGAGACAACAACUAGGGAUGCCCAUAUGAUGGUUCGUGUGAAAAUUGUAGAACGAAGGGAAAGAGGUAAAAUAACUUUUGUUGUUUUUUCCUUUUUUUAAUUAUAACUUAUUUCUUUUUAUUUCAUGAAAAUAUUUCUCUUUACCUCUGACUGGUUUUAUGAAAAUAUUUCCAAUGACUGGCUGAUGAGAGAUCUAACAUUUUAUUUCAACACCUGAAAAGUUGAAUUCAACAUUAUUUGGGGACAAGAGUGACCAAUUUAGAUGGUAUUUCAAUUUACUUGGUACAAGUGCCUUUAAUGGUAAUGUUCUCUGUUCAAGCUUCAUUUCCGUUCGUCUCAGCAGUGUUGACUUUUGGCAUGUCUUCUGUAGACUUUAAUAUGCUUAAUUUUCUUCCUUUCUUUAUACAAGUUCCAGGUCACCAUUUGCAUACACACUUCUAGUAUGUACUAAAUGAUAUAUUGAAAAAAAUGUCUUCUCUUUUCUUUAGUGCAGUCUUUAGCUCUCGAAGUUGACAUUUUAAAGGAACAAUCCAGAGGAUAAGAAAGUUGAUGUUUCUAUUUUGCAUCUCUCAUGAUAAACAUCCGUGACGGUUGAGUACUUUGGAAAUAAAGUCCUUUGAAAGUUUGAAUCCAGACAUUCUAAUGAACAGGUGAUAGAAAUAAAUUUUUGUCAGCCAGAAGGGUGGAACGUUGAUUUUCAUGAAAACCGAAGAAGACACUCAAAGUUGUGAAUGCUCACCUACCUUGGAGCUUUUAAGAUCCAAUGUUCUAUUUUUUAAUGUGUACACGUGCAGACUUUUGCAUGUUUUUACAUGUUUGUGCAUAAAUGUGUACCUCCUUUCUGUUAGUCUAUCUAGACAGUACGCCAAGCUGAAUCUUUUGGUAAUCUUGCAAUGUUUCAUGUAAACUAUUUUCCUGAAGAGGAGUUGGAGAGAUGUUCUAGACGGACUUGUAGUGCUGAUUCUCUUUUAAUGAUGAAGAUGAUGAUGAUGAUGAUCUUGGACGGCACAUUUUUUUUUCAACUUCUUCUAAAUUCCUUAAAAAUCUGUGGGAUAUUGAAACCGUUUGUUCUGUGCUUAUUCUGUGCCAGAAAAAAGUAGCAAAAUUUGACCUGCCAAGCUGUUAGAAAUCUAUGUUUUCACAUAUGAUUUCUCCUGACUAAAACUAGAUACUACAUUGUGCCACUUUUUAGUGACUAAUUAGUAGCCUCCUCGUCCUGAGGUAUGGGUUAGUCGAGUCCAUUCUUAUGAGCACUUGUACUCUGAGAGCAACUUUUCCCUUCCAUAGUUGAGCCUUUGAUAGUUCUUUGGCUAUAGAAAUAGGUGGGCAGCAUUGAUUUCUCCAACUUGCUCUCAAUUACCUCAGAAGUUGGUGUGUCAAAGGGUAAAAAUAGGCCUCCUUCAUGGCAACCUACCCAUAUAUCUAUCUGUUGUCGUUUAUACAUAUAGAUAUAUGAAUCAAAGCAUUGGAUUGACACGUCCUUAGGUCAUAUGGACCACAGUUCUAACCUUCUAGGGGAUUGAUUUGAAAACUGUGCAGCUGAUCCUCUUGGUCAUCCUGUCAAGAAGAUCCUCCUGCUUUUGUAGACGUAGUCUUUUUUCCUCUCAUCCAUCCACAUUUUCGGCUUCUUUGUUAUUUUGAAUGCCAUUCAUCAUAUCACUCUGAUAUGUUGGAUCAUUCUGAUAUUUGUGUAUGCUGAGAAACCACAUUGCUUGGUGCCUAGACCACUAGUUCAUAUUAGCAAGAAGAUGCAGUUAUAGAUGUUUUUGUUAAAUUCAAUUGUAGCUCAUCGCCAUACUUACAAGUAUGGUUUCAUAAAAUGAGAUUCUGAGGUAAAAACUUGACGACAAGCAGUUGAUAACUUGAGGUCUUGAAUCCGGUGUUCUUUGAAGCUUUCUUUCCUAAUGCCUAGGUAUGCUUCUUUGUAGGAUGGUAUGAUGUUGUAGUCCUCCCAGCAAGUGAGUCCAAGUGGAGCUUUAAAGAGGGGGAUGUUGCAGUUCUCUCAUCGCGGAAGCCUACAACAGGUUUGCAUACAUAACUAUUUGCGUGUUCACAUCUUAUUUCUUAUACGGCGAUCAUGCUUAAAUCAGAAAUCCUAACCUGUAAAUUUCCCGAGAGCAGUCAGAUCCAGGAGGAGCAGCAAUGCUGGCAUGGGUGAAGAGGACACCAAUGCAGAGGUUGGUGGACGAGUGGUUGGUACUGUUAGGCGUCACUCCCCUAUUGACAUACGUGAGCCCCCUGGAGCAAUUUUGCACUUUUAUGUGGGUGAUGCAUAUGAUUCUGGCGGGUAAUGUUCGGUUUAUUGCCAUUUUUGUUUUUUGCGUUUUAUUUCUUAUUUGUUGUUAACCAUGAUCUUCAAGAGGUUCACCUUCACUCAGUACAACUCAUCCUAGUGCAAGAACUACAGACAUGUCUACUGACCCUUGGGUAGAGAUGAAGUCACUGACCAGGUACGAUCCAGGCAAUUCAGUGUGAAGACGAAAAAUGGUUUUUUCGUUGUUCUGUAAGCACGUCAGAGCAGGGUAUUCAGAUCAUUGGAAGAAGCCUGAUGUUCGUUGGAUUAAUAAUACAGCAGCUUUCUAAGUCUGAGGACUGCGAAUCUUUCCAAUGUGUUGUAUUUUCAGCUGGGAGCUGGGUAGUGUAGGAUGUUCUACCAGUGUUUCGCAGUGAUUUAUCAUUUGCCUCGUUGACUUUUUCCUGCCCCCCCAAAAACAUUUCUGCCCUUAUAAAUAUCACGUAGUCGGAUUUCUUUUCCCCUGCGGUUCAAGGGAAUGUCUUGCUGAUGAGGGAUAUAAAAGAUUUUGCAGGGUUGCUUCAAGCAUAGUUCCCUUUAGUAGACAUGAGAUAGAGUCGCACUAGAAGCAUGUUUCAUCUCUGAACAAGGAUUAGAAUGGGCGUCAUCAGUUUGGCUGUUAUCUGUAGCUCGUAAUGACCAGAAGAAGCGUUGACCAAGUUGGGGACAAAGAGUGGCAACCGGUCAACGUGGUUGCUAGUAAAGAUCUGAACAUCCCUGCAGAACCUGAUUGAUAUUAUCUCUCAUUAUCUUCUGAUCCUAUGUAUCCCAACCCUGCAGAACCAAUAUCACCUUACUAGUCUUUCACUGUGAUGGGUGAUGCAAUCGCACUCAAUGGAAACGUGAUUAAACUUUAAUAAAAAAUAGGUUAUUGAUGGCACGGCACAGCUUUCAAAAAUCCCCAAAUCUCGCCCAAAUCCAUUCAUUUAUAUAAGCCAUUUUUUUUCAUUUAUAGAUAUAUUAGUUAUAUGUAUGAUAAAGUGCUUGCUGCCCAAGGAUCCAUUCAGAGUAUUUCGAUGAAAUCUCAAGGGCACCAGAAGCCCAGUUGGGCUUUCAUGAACAGGAUCAUACUGGUGCCUGUUCAGGAUCUCUGAGACUGCAAUCCCUAGCUGGAUAUGGGAGUUAGGGUUCAUGGAAGACCUAAAAAUGUUCCUUUUCAGCCGGAUUAUUCAUUGAUGGAAAGUGGAUUGGAUUAAGCUCUCUUCCAUAGCUGCAGAGAUGUUCUUACCGGAAGUAGAACGAUGGAUCUGAGACAAACUGCACACGUGGAAUGAGUCACUUAUGAGUCCGAAAUAGCCUCUUUCUAGAUCUCCUCUCAUCCCCAAUGAGGUCCCUCCUCCAGCUAUCCUGGAGGGGAUUUUCAUUACCUUUUUGGAUUAUCCCGUAUUUUAUUCUUGUGGAACUUUUGGAAAAUCAUUUGCUGUUCUUGAUGAAAAAAAAAAGGAAGGAAAAUCUCUGCGGUUGGAGAUUGAUCAGGUGUCCUGUUUUCUAAUCGAUUGUGGUUUCUGCUUGGCCUGCAGCCAGAUGGGCGACGACCAUGUCUUGAGGAAGCUCCUUCCCAGGAGCAUAUGGUAUCUCACUGUGCUGGGCUCCCUCGCCACCACCCAGCGCGAAUACGUUGCUCUCCAUGCAUUCCGCCAUCUCCACUCGCAGGUAGCAAACCCAUUGACUCUCUCUCUUGAUCUUUGCUUGCCCAACGUUGAGAAUAGGAGGGUUGCUUUAUUAGGCGUCGAGCUUUGUUUACGCACAGAUUUAUUGAAAUCUUAUAGCUUUCCAGAUGCAAACAGCGAUUCUAAAACCGAGCCCGGAGCAGUUCCCCAAGUACGAGGCCCAGCCCCCCGGCAUGCCCGAUUGCUUCACCCCAAACUUCGUCGAGCACCUGCACAGGACCUUCAACGGGCCGCAGCUGGCGGCUAUCCAGUGGGCGGCGAUGCACACCGCCGCCGGGAGCGGCGGCAGUGCCACGAAGAAGCAGGAGCCGUGGCCUUUCACGCUGGUUCAGGGGCCGCCCGGCACGGGGAAGACCCACACGGUGUGGGGGAUGCUCAACGUGAUCCACCUCGUGCAGUAUCAGCACUACUACACGGCCCUGCUGAAGAAGCUCGCCCCCGAGAGCUACAAGCAGAACGGCGACGGCGGUGGUGCCGCCACCGAGCGGGCGGGGGCGGGAUCCAUCGACGAGGUGUUGCAGAGCAUGGAUGAGAACCUCUUCCGGACCCUGCCGAAGCUCUGCCCGAAGCCCCGCAUGCUCGUGUGCGCCCCCUCCAACGCCGCCACCGAUGAGCUGCUCUCGCGGGUGCUCGACCGCGGCUUCAUCGACGGCGAGAUGAAGGUCUACCGCCCAGACGUGGCCCGCGUCGGCGUGGACUCGCAGACCCGCGCCGCGCAGGCCGUCUCCGUCGAGCGGCGCACGGAGCAGCUAUUGGAGAAGAAGCGCGAGGAGGUGGUUGGGUGGAUGUCCCAGCUGCGCGCCAGCGAGGCCCAGUGGUCUCACAAGAUCGCCCUCCUCCAGCGCGAUCUCACCGCCGUGGCGGCCGCUGGGCGAGCGCAGGGCGGCGUCGGGGUCGACCCCGACGUGCUCACCGCCCGCGACCAUAACCGCGACGUCCUGCUGCAGCACCUGGCGGCGGCCGUGGAGAGCCGCGACAAGGUCCUGGUGGAGAUGUCCCGGCUGCUGAUCGUGGAGGGCAAGUUCCGAUCAGCGGGGGGAUUCAACCUGGACGAGGCCCGCUCGAAGCUGGAGGCGAGCUUCGCCAACGAGGCGGAGAUUGUGUUCACGACGGUCUCCAGCAGCGGGCGCAAGCUCUUCUCCCGCCUCUCCCACGGCUUCGACAUGGUGGUCAUCGACGAGGCGGCGCAGGCCAGCGAGGUGGCGGUGCUGCCGCCGCUGUCGCUCGGCGCGGCGCGCUGCGUGCUCGUCGGUGACCCCCAGCAGCUGCCUGCCACUGUCAUCAGCAAGGCCGCCGGCACGCUGCUCUACAGCCGCAGCCUCUUCGAGCGGUUCCAGCUCGCCGGCUGCCCCACCAUGCUGCUCUCCGUGCAGUACCGCAUGCACCCCCAGAUAAGGGACUUCCCCUCUAGGUACUUCUAUCAGGGCCGCCUCACCGACAGCGAGAGCAUCGCCGGCCUCCCCGAUGAGCCCUACCACCAGGAUGCCAUGCUCAAGCCCUACGUCUUCUUCGACAUCGUCCAUGGCCGCGAGUCCCACCGCAACGGCUCCGUCUCAUUCCAGAACAUCCACGAGGCCCACUUCUGCCUCCGCCUGUACGAGCACCUCCACGCCGUCCUCAAGGCCGCCGCUGGUGGCGGCACCGCCGCCCGCGUCUCCGUCGGCAUCAUCACCCCCUACAAGCUCCAGCUCAAGUGCAUCCAACGCGAGUUUGAGGACGUCCUCUCCUCUGACCAUGGCAAAGACCUCUACAUCAACACCGUCGAUGCCUUCCAGGGCCAGGAGCGCGACGUCAUCAUCAUGUCCUGUGUCCGCGCCUCCAAUCAUGGCGUCGGCUUCGUCGCAGAUAUACGCCGCAUGAACGUUGCCUUGACCCGUGCCAGACGGGCCCUCUGGGUACCCCCCUCUCUCUCUCUCUCUCUAUCUCUACAUGAUGAUGAUGAUGAUGAUGAUGAUGGUCAUAUGUGGCAGGUUGUGGGCAACGCUAAUGCCCUCAUGCAGUCUGAUGACUGGGCCGCCCUGAUCACGGACGCCAAGUCGAGGAAGUGCUUCAUGGAUCUUGAUAGCAUCCCCAAGGAAUUCCUGGGGCCCAAGAGCUCCGGCCAUGGAGGCGGGAAGGCUUCCUCCAACUCGCGGGCUCUGAGGGCCGGGGGUGGGCAGCGGCAGAGACACCUGGACGCGCUUUCUGAGGCCUAG